GCGGGCACUUCAGAUCGCGAAUCACGUCCUGGCAGACGGUGGGCGAGUGCUUGCCCACGCAUGCAGUGGCACCUCACCACCCAGCCAGCGUCUGCUGCGCGCUGCAAAGGAGGGCAGUGUGCCCGGCUGCGAAGAAGCCCUGGCGAGCGGUGCUGACGUAAACUGGAAGGACGAGGAUUUCUUUGACUACACAGCCCUGCAUUUGGCUGCAGCUGCUGGUCACGUGGCGGUCUGCCGCCUCCUGCGGGAAAAGGGAGCCGAUAUCGACCCUCGGUCCACCAGCGGUGAGACGCCGCUCAUCAUGGCUGCCCGUGCACAGAAGUCUUUGGAGCUCUGCGACUUCCUAGUGAGUGAGGGUGCCGAUUUGGAGGCCAGGACCAACUACAAGAAGAAUGCAAGGAGCGCCAAAGAGUACCUUGACGAGUACUACAAAGAAAUGGGAGCGCCGAUCAACUGUGGACUGGGCAGCUCUUGA